AUGAGUGCAGUUCCUCCUUUCCAGCCUUUCGAGCUCACCGCAGCCGACUACUCCCUUCCCAUGCUGUAUGCAGGAAAUGCCAUUUUCUUUCGUCUCCACGACCCCGAACAGGGUGUCCCUGUCCUGCAGGAAGCAAUCAAACAGGUAGUUGAGCAUAUUCCAUUCCUGGCCGGGGUCGUGAUGCCCACAGACGGCAAAUGCGGGACCAUGGGGAUCCGUCCAGCUUCUAAUUACGAUCUGGCUCAGCGUACCCCUCUCUGCACCGUGAAGCAAUUGACACAUCUCCGCCUCCCAUCAUGCUUGAUGCCUGCCUCUGGUCAAGCCAACACUGGAACUGAGGUGUACUAUGAUCGUAAUGCGAGCCUUGUGCUGGCGCCAAUCCACGUUGCAGCUCAGCGUGCUCAUCGCCCCGUCAUUCGAUUCCAAAUUAAUGUGCUUGCAGACGGGAUUAUCCUCAAUCUCUUCUCAAACCAUAUGGUGAUUGACGGUUCCGGCGUUAGUCUUCUUGUCGAAGCGAUAGCUGUGUGCUGUCGAACGGGUGCAGCCUGCCAGCCUCCUCCUGAUCUUGCAGCUGCCAUGGACCGUGAAAUCAUCACCCGCGCAUUCCUUGCUACUAUCAGUUCUGCAGAACCUGCAGCCGCAGCCCGGGCCAGUCGAGUUGAUGUUGAGGAGAUGGAUGUCGAGCUACUGCAUGAUGCAACCCUCCACGACUGCGUGUUCUCUUUGUCAACAGCCAAGGUCAAUCACCUACGCCAGGCAGCCUUGCAGCAAUUGCAGGAAAGGUACCACUCUGUCUUCCCACCAGUCUCCGCCGAUGAUAUCGUCACGGCUAUUCUCUCUCUGUGCUUCGCCCGGUUCCGCAGCCGAUCAGUUUCUACGGGAAAUGUUGUCCCAUUUACUGUGCAGCGAAUGGUCGAUGUUCGGCGUCGCCUCCAACCGCCGAUCCCUAGCAGGUACAUCGGGAACUGCUUCGUCAUGCUCGACCAGAAACUGGACCUAUAUAUUCCAGAGGCAAAUAAAACCCCUGAGAGCUUCACCUACCUAAUCGCUGAAAUUGCCUGUGCAUUACGCUCCAACCUAAACAAGGUCGACGAUCGAUUUGUGCGUGAUCACAUGGCGCGGCACCCAGUCUUUACCGCUGCAAUGUCGAUCUCCGAGGAACCGGACAUCUCGGUGACUAGUCUCCGCCGACUGCCGAUCUAUGAGCAGAACUUUGGUCCUGUUCUGGGCAGCGUAUUGCACUUUCAGCUGAUUCCGUACAUGAACCCAGAGCGGGUUUGUACACUUAACCCUUGUCGGGUGAGUGAUGAGACUUGGGAAGUCGGCGUGACCUUGAAGAAAGAGGAAAUGGAGCUUCUUAGGGAUGAUUCGGUCUUUCGUUGGGUCGUGGAGAGGGAGGAGUAUCUGCGGUUCUUUGAUACACCACUAGGAGGUGGUAAGUUUUUGCGGGGAAUAAGCUCUAGUCCAAUAGAGUAA